AUGGCGAAAUCACUGAUCCACCAGGGCCGCGACUCCGUUUCGACUGCAUGGUUCGCCUGGUGUGUCGACUUCAACGUAUGGGACUACAUCCGAGAAGUCCCAAGACCCCCGAAGACGCCUCCGCCUGGUUCAACGGCGAAGGACGCCAUCAAGCAAACGUACGACCUUCCCGCCCUGGAGCGGAAGAAGCUGGGCCUCACCUUGAUGAGACCGGAAAAAUACCUUGUGCGUGACCACGACAAAGUCGCCGCGCGUUUACGUGAAGACACUUGGAACAACGUCUUCCCCGGAAGAGUGCCUCCCCACGGCAUCGCCUUUGAAGUCAUCGUUCCAUCUGCCGUCAAGAUGUCCUCGGAUCUGAAGUGGGACCUGACCCAUCGAACACAUCAUGUCCCGGAUAGAGUCAAGAUUUCCACGGUUGGACGAGUUCACCGCCGCGGCCACUUUGUCAUGGCGAUGGUUCUCGGUUAUAACCGUGGCGUCGUUGACGACCCGGAGAGCAGAUUGAUCCUGGCCAAGACGUACGAUAUCUUCUUGAAAUGGGCCGUAACGAUCAUCAUCACCGGCAGAAGCAUGAAGCUUACCAGAGCUCUCAAGAACUUCGUUUUGCCGCAGCCUAAUCUUGACGUUGGUGGAGAGGAUACGAUCAUGGGAGGCACGGGAGACGAGAUGGAGCUCACGCGGGAGCAGCUCGCCCUCUGCGCUGAAGAGUUUGAUGUGGUGCCGUUGACUUCCGUUCCGGACUACGCUGUUUUCCGGCUGAGCGAGUGGCUCCACCGGGAGGUUGGCCGCACGUCGGCGGAGGACCGUUGCCGAUUGCUACGGGAGUGGUGCCAGCUUGAGGAUGGCAAGUUCCACCAGAACCUCGAGGAAUGA